AUGAAAAGACUCUCUGGAAGAAAGCCAGCGGCAUCACGUGCUAUUGUAGAAGAGAAAGACGUGGAAACCAAAUGGUAUGAGGUGGAAGGGUUCUCUGGAUGGUUUGUGUAUAAGAUGUCGAAGUAUUUCUCCUUAGGGAUGUAUCCUGUGUGCCCCGUCGAGGCAAGCGGCAGAAAGCUGAAAGCCCGCAACAAGCUAAAUCUAUCAAAGGUUGUAGGCAAAAUAGGGGUUCUGGACUUGUGCAACAUAUGCAGGGUCAAAGGCACGCUUUCCGACUGCGUUAUAGACAGCAUACGCAUUAAAAACACCGAAAUGUCGGACGACUUGUGGAGACUGGUCAAGCGAUCUAAAACCGUGGUGCUGCAUGAUGUGGGGAUUGCCCGGUACAGAGAGGAGUACUUCGACAAUGCAGUCUCCAUUGACGUUUUAGGCAGCUCGGUGGACCAAAUAGGGAACAGAGUGAUCGACCUUAUAAACACAAGAAGAAAAAGAAUCAGAAUAGCAGACAGUAAAAUCCUUAUCUUCUGGGACGAAAACAAGUGCAGCACUUGCGUGAUUCGGCACUUUGACGUGUAUAGAAUUCUGCAGCGCAUUCCUGUGAUACGGGUGAUACACUUUGACGGGAUAGAGAUAACGAUGUCUAUCAUCAAGGAAAUGCGCAGGCACCCCAUCGCAACAGUUAAGCUGAUAGGGUGCAAGAUACUCCCUAUGAAGAUAUACGAUCUGGUGGACACCUGCAGGGCCACGCUUACUACAAUAGAGUUUACACGCACGCUGGUUUCUGUGGAUACAGUUGAGUAUCUGCGCAGCAGGAACCUCACAGUCACCGUCAGCACCCAGUAA